UAUGCCUCCACUUAAGUCACCUGGAAUAAUCCUAUAACUGGGUACAGUCACUGUGCUUGGUGUGAAGGCAUGGCUUGGUUCAGUGUAAAUACCAGUAACACCACUUUGGAGAAUGCGCUAUCGGGAAAUGAACCGCGAGACGAGCGCUUGGCUCAGGUGGAAAUUGCUCUUCUGUCCAUCAUCUUCAUCACCGCGGGGAUCCUGAACUUCGGGCUCUUGUUAGUACUGUGGAAGCGAAGGAAACAACUCUCCAGGAUGCGCGUCUUUGUUUUCCACCUGUGCGUGGCCGAUCUAGUGGUGACAUUUUUCCAAGUUUGUCCUCAGCUCAUGUGGGACAUCACUGACAGAUUCGUUGGUCCAGAUAUACUGUGUCGCGCGGUGAAGUACCUACAGGUGGUCGGGAUGUUUGCCUCCACUUAUAUGAUAGUAGUGAUGACAAUAGACCGAUAUCAAGCCAUCUGCAACCCCAUGGUGACUUUCCAGAGGCGCAGGGCGCGCUGGAACGGUCCGGUGUGCGCCGCCUGGUGCGUCUCCCUCAUCGGAGGUCUCCCGCAGGUCUUCAUCUUCUCGCGGGUCGAGGUCGCUCCUGGUGUGUACGACUGCUGGGCGAAGUUCAUCACGCCGUGGGGCCCGAAAGCCUACGUGACUUGGACGACUUUGGUGAUAUUCGUCUUGCCUGUUCUCACCGUGAUUGUGUGCCAGGUGCGCAUCUGCCGGACCGUGCACGUCAACUUUCAUAUGAAGACGCAGCACGUCGGAGAGGCUGUCCGAAAACCGAUGUCUUCCAGGGCCAGCAGCGUGGCAGGGGUGUCCAAGGCCAGGGUGAAGACGGUGAAGAUGACCGUGGUUAUCGUGCUCGCCUACAUCAUCUGCUGGACGCCCUUCUUCACCGUGCAGCUCUGGUCUGUCUGGGACGUCGAGGCACCCACUCAUACUGCAACCUUCACCAUCUUGAUGCUGCUGGCCAAUCUUAACAGCUGUGCGAACCCCUGCAUCUACCUGAUGUUUAGUGGCAAGCUGCCCAAGAGAUUGGUGGCCCUGAUGGGCUCAGGCCAGCCUGAUCUGAAGGAGUCCAUCCAGGAGGAGGCCUCUGUGGUCAGCUCCUUGUAUAUCAGCCUCAAGAGCCUUUCAGACUGCAGAUAAAAUCUUUAAGCCUCAGACACCUUUCUCACAUCAGGCCAGCCUGUUGAACAGUGGUGUGUAAAAUAUGGCUCCCUCAUGCGCAAAAGAGCUGUAGAAAUGUGUGAGGGCAGACAUUACAGCAGAACUACAAUUCUAUUGUAGGGAGACAACUGGGAGACAUUGUGAAGAUGAAAUGCUUGAAUAUUUAAGUAUAAGUUCAUUAUGGAGCACCAGAUACACCACAAGUCUUUUAAAAGGACAUUACUUUGAUGCAUUAAAUAUGAUUAAGCUUGCUAUAAAGGCAC